AUGGCCCUUCUUUUCAGCACCUCUCCACUCGCCUUCACCGGCAUUCUGUCGCAAUUCCGAUCUAGCCUCGCCCCAUUCCGCGCGUCGCUCUACCAGUCAAGUACUAGCAAGCGCAUCAACACAGACACCCCGCUUGCUCGCGUACCGGCAGACCUCUAUUCCCCUUCAACAUCCCGGCCUUGGCACAAUUACACCUGUGCUACUUUGCGCAAGGUGCUGCGACUGUGGUACGGGCUGGGAAAGGUCAACCGGAACUGGAAACUCCCCAGGAGGGACAAGGCCGUACGUCUGUCUGCAGAGGACUGCUUCCCUGAGGCGUGUCUCUGGUAUGAGUAG